UCAUUACAAACAUAAGCUACACCCUAUACAAUCCGAGAGAGAGGGGGAGAGAGAGAGAGAGAGAGAGAGAGAUAUGAAGCCUACAAUUUUAGCUUUUGCCUUUCUCAUGGCUGUGAGCACUCAAACAUUAUUGUUAGCAUCGGCCGGUCCUUCGCCGGAGCAGGUGGUUGACACUGACGGCAAGAAGGUUCGUGCUGGCGUGAAUUACUACAUCCGACCAGUGCCGGAAACCCCGUGUGAUGGUCAGGGGCCUUGUGUGAACGGCGAAGGAUUGGUUCUUAUAGCAAGAUCGGUAAACGUGACCUGCCCUCUUAACGUUGCUGUUGUGGUGGGAUUCCGUGGCCUGCCAUUAACAUUCACGCCAGUUAACCCCAAGAAAGGUGUCGUUCGCGUCUCGACGGAUCAAAACAUAAAGUUCAAUCUGACAACGGCCUGUAAAGAAGGCACAGUGUGGAAGCUUGACGACUUGGACACUGCAACGGGACGAAGGUUCAUAACCACGGGUGGCGUUGUGGGAAACCCUGGCCCGGAAACAAUAGGGAAUUGGUUCAAGAUUGAGAAAUACGAGGAUGAUUAUUAUAAGUUGAUGUACUGUCCAAGUGUGUGCAAGUUUUGCAAAGUUCUCUGUAAGGAUGUUGGAGUGUUUGUGGAUCAGAAUGGAAAUCGUCGAUUGGCUCUCUCUGAUAAACCCAUGAAAGUUCGGUUCCAGCUUGCUUCUGCCUGACCAAUGUGACUCGAAUUGAAUCCUCUUUGAAUCUUGUAGCACAAUACACAAAGGGUGUGUGUGCGCCUUUUUUUUUUUUUUUCAGAAAAACAAAUUGACCAUAAAACUAUAUGUUUAAAAGUGUUGUGAUCCUUAAUUUA